UUGUAUUAGGAACUGGGCCCUCAGAGGCAGAUGGACCGGUUGAGCCUCUCCUUUCCUGCCAUGACACAGAGCCAGGUACGGCAGCAGGAACCACCCUCUCCAACCGACAAUGAACGGGACCUGAACGGGGCAUUGCUGCGCUUAAAGGAACUUUAUCAUCCAUUUUUUUUUAUUUUUCGGUAGAUUAAUCAAAACGCUUCUACAUUGUUUUUAAGCUGUGACGUGUUCAGAGAGUGAGAAAAAAAUCCGGUUAUUUUCCAUUUGAUGACAUGUUCCCCGAGAGAUGGGGACCGGCGUGAUUGUUCAUUACGUCACAGACGCGCGCGGCAGAGCCGUCCGGGAGCGUGUCGAUCCUCCACCCGGUUAAAUCCACCUGUUGCACCACCUGGAGCAGAGCAGCCUGACUGGAGGCUGGGGAGGACGCGCAGGAUGGGAGGUCUCAGCUCGAGUGAGAAGAUGGCGGAGGUUUUUGCUUAUGAGAGCUCAGAACUCGACUGGUGUGAAGAUAACUACAAACACUCUGAUCAUGUGGUGGAGUACUUCAACACGAUGAGCAGCUUUUUUUUCUUUAUAAUAUCUCCCAUCAUGCUUUACCUGCUGCACCCUUAUGCCAAAGAGAGGAGCUUGGCAAUACAUAUGGUCUGGGUCAUGAUGAUCUUUGUAGGACUUUUCUCUGCAUACUUCCACAUGACUCUUAGUUUUGUCGGUCAGAUGUUGGAUGAGCUGUCGAUCUUGUGGGUGUUGGCAGUGGGAUAUUCUAUUUGGUUCCCUCGCAAACUCUUUCCAUCUUUUAUAAAAGACAGAUCUACAUUUUCGAGGAUCGUCCUGGCCAUUACCGUCAUCACAUCAGUGUCAUCGUUUAUUAAGCCCACCGCCAACGCCUACGCCUUGAACUGCUUUGGCCUCCAUUUGCUUUACACUCUUGUCAUCGAGAUGAGAUGCUGCACCGACCAGAAGGCUCUGCAUCUCGCCAAGCUGUCGGUGGCUCUGUGGGUGCUCGCCAUCUCCUGCUGGAUUAGCGACCGUUUUGGCUGCAGUUUUUGGCAGCAGUUAAACUUCUGCUACCUGCAUGGCAUCUGGCACAUCCUGAUCGUGAUGGCUGUAGCUUACGCCAGCACACUUGUGGCUUACCUGGACGCCAGUUACGAAAUCCCAUACUCCCUACCUGGACUGCAGUUCUGGCCUUGUGAUAAAUGGGCUGUUGGAUUUCCUCAGAUUGUCCUGAAAGGCACUGACAAGACUCGCAAACGGUGCUAACCAGACAAGAUGAAUUUUUGUUUACCAUUGUAAGUCUGUAAGUCUCAGGUUUUUUCAUUCACAGAGGGAAUUUCUGAUUUGGAAAACAUUUUUUUAAAUCAAAUGAUAGGAGUGUUAUCUAAGCAUUUCAACUAGCAUUUGGUUUUUCAGUCAAAUUUGUCAAAGAUAAUUGUUUCAAGAAUGAAGAAAACUUCUCUUUUCUUACUGUGAAAGAAGACUUGUUUCAAACAUUAUGAAAAACUUUUUUAGACAAACUGUAGUGGUUGGUUGGAUGUGAAUUUCUUUUUAGUUAAGGUUGUAUGAAAUACUCAGUGAUUGGUGGGUUUUUUUUGCACUCAGUAGGCAUCAGUUAGAACACUUUAUUUGGAGAACUAGAAGCUUUUCCAAAAGGUGAAUAGGUACAUCUACAAACCAUUCAGAAUGGAACCACACAAAAAGCAGGUCUGAAGAUACUCAAGCCGUGAACGAUUACACAGCAGUUUGAGCAAACUCUAAACCGAGGACGUAAUUACAUGGACUGGGUCUAAGGAACACCAGUCCACAUGGACACAUGUUGUUGCUGCCUGAAAUGUUGUUGAAUGCUCUUCUGACAUUGCUUUGACCUGGACAAUCUGUGCUUGUGGAAGAAGAAGCUGUUUGAUGCCAGUGAUUUCUGUCCCGUGUGCCAUGUCAAAAGGUCAAAAAGCUUGUCAAAAGAGGUGAAAGUACCUUGUAAUUGCCUUACAGUUCCUACAUUUCUUACUGAUGGCAUUAAUGGGGCUCAUUCUGUAGAAAAGAAUGCUUUACAGUUUGUCUUUAUGCUUUUUCAGAAUUCAGAUUGAAAAUGUUGUAUUUCAAACCAUACGUCUACAUUCAAACCAGUAAGUUCUUGUCUGGUUUAGAUUGUCCCAUGGAAAUAUUUUUAUGACUACGACCCCUAAACAGGAAGCAGUGAUUUAAAUGGUUCAAUAUAAAGGCUGUAGACUACCUGAAUGCCUAACAACAUGAUAUAAAUUGUGGGGACGGGGGUGUUGGACUUAAAUACUGUGUCUAUAUUUUUAUUUCUUUUUCUAUAUCUGUGUGAUUUACAUUUUAUACGCUUUCCGUUUUGUACCAGCUGUAAUAAUUAUUUAUCCGUUUGAGGCACUGCAGAAAAAAUACCAAAGCAUAUGACACGUUGACAUUCAUUUCGGGUAUGGAAGCUGUGUAAAAUGAACUCAGUUGUUUGUUUGUUUUAAAUGAGCAGCAGAAGUAAAAGUUCACUAACACAUCUGGUAUUUCCCUUGUGUAUGUGUCUGAGAUAAUAGUGUAUUAGUUUUUACUUCCUCUGAAAUAUGACUCUAUUUGACUGUCUCUUUCAUGGGACUAACCCUAAUCUUCAAAACUGCCUUUUUGAAGCUUUUCGUUGGAUUUUUAGGUGUUUUCAGAAUAUUCAGGGGCAUUGUUUCUGCACGCACGUGAACUUUCCUGAAGCUCAUAAUGAAUGAAACAAUAGAUCCUACAGACCAGAACACUCACACACACACACAGUGAACUUGCAUGUUCAGCAGUGACCCCCUGUGGUCACUGGGAAAACAAUUCCCAUAGCUGUACAAUUACAGGUCAACAAUGUUUUACUUGACCUUAGUUUUUCUGUCUUCUUAUACCUAUUGCUCAAAUUUACAGGAUAACAUGAAAAUAUAAAUUACAUUUUGUCAUGUUAUUCUUACUAAAUGGUGCUUCCUUCCCCCCCAUAUCUUAUAAAUCACGCUUCAGUUGUAACACACACACACAGAAGGAAACAAAUUACUUCCGGUAGCAAGAGGCCAUAAACUAAGACAAUCCCAUGAUAACAGCAGGAGAAGGGCAAUACUGGAGUCGUGUAAAAAAGAAAGAGCACUUUAGCCUUACUCAACUAGUGAAUAGUGCUGAGAUUUGACUUCAACAUCUCAGGCUGGAAGAUGUAUUUUUGUUCAGAAAGAAACGAUGGUGCUGCAAAGUAGAGGCAAAAAGACGCGACAGAGCUUUAUUGGAAGCAGGUAUUUGAAAAAAUGGAAAACUGAAGGCAUUUACUUCAAAAGAUGAUCUAUACAAGAGGAAAACUUUUUAUUUUCCUAAAGCAGUGAUGAGGGUGAUAGAGUAAACUGAAACCUGGAUGGUAAGAAGUAAAUCAGAUUUAUGAAAAGAAGUUCCUAAUUCCAAAACUUGGUGAGUGUCAAAGAGUUGAUAGAGCAAAAUGCAAAAGAUCUUUUGGUGAAAUUAUUUUAGCAAUCAAUCAAUAAGCAAUAAGUCUUAGAUCAUUUGAUUUCAAGCAAACUGUGAAAAUAAACUGUAGACAAGGGAUGACAAAAAACACAUUAGCACAAUCCGACUGGAGUACAAAUUGAAAAAGUGUGGUCUCACAUCAGAUUACUUAACUGUAGAUGUGGCUUUUAUUUGUUUUUUUUUCAAACUGUAACUCCUCAUUUGGGGAACAAUUGUAAUAAAGGAGUUUUA